AUGGAAGUUAUUUUGAUUUGGUUACUUCAUUUGUUUAAAAUACAAUACUUUGAAGAACAAGAAUACAAGUUAAUCAAAGCUGAGUACGACAAGUUGAAAGAUGUUGAAACCACGAGCACCACCAAGAAAUAUCAUGAUAGAAUAAUUCUAUUCCCUGAUGUUACAUGGGACAAUAGUAUAGUUGAAAUUGCGUUUAAACGGAUAAACAGCAUCGAUAAAACAAUUAAAACUGUUAUUAUACCAAACAAAAACGUUGCACUGAGAGACGAGAUUAAAGAAUCAAUUAUCAAAUUGGUGACAACCUGCGCGAAAAAAACAAAAUCAUCAAAAAAACACAUCGUGAACUUCUUUAAUACUGACAAUACAACCACGAAGGAAUUUAAGGCAGUAAUAGAGCAGUUAAAGGCAUUGGGAAAAAAGCGAGAAGAGAAUGGUGAUGUGAUGGCAUGCUUGAUGUGUGAAGAAGUAGAAAAGGUAGUAAUUAAAAUGGGAAAGGAUUCUAGGUUGACAGCAAGUGAAAAACAAGAAAGAUUGAAAAAGCACUGUGUACAACUACCAUAUAGCAUACAAAUACCUACUUUGAAGAUCAAGAACACUAGCUGUGCAUACAUGUAUGUGGUAUUCAGAAUCGGAGAGAGAGCAAUGAAGACAAAGAUAAUUAAGGUAACAAGGAAGAAGGGAGAAAAACAAGUAAUACAGAACCUGGAAGAAUAUGAACUAGAGACAAUAAAUAAGAAGGGGAUGUUGAUGAAAGGUAAACAUAUGCUGUUUAUUGCUGCGGCGAUAACGAUAAUAUCAAUAUUGGCAGUAAUAUUGAUAAAGAAGUAUAAUGAGGACAACAUAGAAGAAUCAGGCAAUAACAGCAAGAAGGAAUAA